GGGACGGGCCAGGCCAGGCCGAGCCGAGCCGAGCCGAGCGCGGGGAUGGGUUGUGAAUCCAUCUGAGAAUGGACCAAUGUAAGCAACCUUAUGCUGACCAGAAGGCCAACCUUGAAAAGUUCAGUCCUGAAGUUCUUUCCGAAAUUGAGAAGCUCUUUACAAAGAAGUUUACUUACACUGAGCCAGUGAACAGUGAAUGGAAGCUGCCAGAUCCCAGCAGUGUUUUCACAUGCGAUCACAAGGAAUUUCACUCGCUCCUGGCCCUGAAGGACUCGAUGAAUGAAGUGAAGAACCAGCUGAGCGAUAAGAACCUGGAGGACUGGCACCGGCACACCUCCUUUACCAAUAAAGCGGGGAAAAUAAUAUCCCAUGUGAGGAAAUCUGUGAAUGCUGAGCUGUGCACCCAGGCGUGGUGCAAAUUCCAUGAGAUCCUGGGCACGUUUCCCCUUCUCCCGGAAGAAGCUCUUCAGGAGGGAGAACUGAAUUCUGUCCACCUCUGCGAAGCACCUGGAGCUUUCAUAGCCAGUCUCAAUCACUACUUGAAGUCCCACCAUGUCCCUUGCCAGUGGAAUUGGGUCGCUAAUACCCUAAACCCGUAUCACGAGGCCAAUGACACCCUGAUGAUGAUCAUGGAUGACCGUCUGAUUGCAAAUACGUUGCCUCGGUGGUACUUUGGCCCAGAUAACACCGGGGAUGUGAUGACAUUAAGACACCUGUCAGGACUUCAGAACUUUGUGAGCAGUAUGACCACAGUUCACUUGGUAACUGCUGAUGGCAGCUUUGAUUGCCAGGGGAACCCGGGCGAGCAGGAAGCUCUCGUCUCGCCCCUCCUGUACUGUGAAACAGUCACUGCCCUGAUGAUCCUGGGCACUGGAGGGUCCUUUGUUUUGAAGAUGUUCACACUGUUUGAACACUGUUCUAUCAACCUGCUCUAUCUGCUGAACUGCUCUUUUGAGGAGGUCCACGUGUUCAAGCCAGCCACGAGCAAAGCUGGGAACUCAGAGGCCUAUGUGGUUUGUCUUCGUUAUUUGGGCAGGGAAAGCCUUCACCUGCUGCUUCCUAAAAUGACACAGAACUUUGGAACAGAAGUGGUCGACAAAGCCCUUUUUCCCCAGCAUGCACUGCCGGAAUCUUUCCUUAAAAUACACGAGGAGUGCUGCCUGUUCUUCCACAAGUGCCAGGUGGAGACCAUUUCUGAGAACAUCCGUCUCUUUGAGCGCAUGGAAGAAGCAGAGCAGAUCGAACUGAACAAGUUAAGAGACUGUGCAGUUCAGUUCUUCAUGCAGAGGUUUCGCAUGAAACCCAUUGCCAGAAAAAACUGGCUCGUCAGGAAACCUCAGGCUGGCUGCAGCAUGAAUGCGAAAUGGUUUGGGCAAAGAAACAAAUAUUUCCGUACGUACAACGAAAGGAAGAUGAUGGAAACCUUGACGUGGAAUGAUAAAGUGGCAAAGGGCUAUUUUAAUCACUUGGCUGAGGAGCACAGUUCAAAUAGUGCUGGGAACACGUGCAUCCUGGAGGGACCACCUUCGAACCUCGAAUGCAGCUUGUGGUACAUUUUGGAAGGAAAAAGACUGCCGGUGGUAAAAUGCUCCCCGUUUUGCGAUGGUCAAGUCUUGGAAAGCCUCAAUGAAGCUGUGAAGAGGCUGGGUGGGGGGAGGCCGAAAAGCAGACCAGCCCUGCAGCCUUGCCACUCGUGUGAGGUUCUUGCCGGGGAACUGCUGCUGGCAAAAGUGUCUGACCUUGCCAGGUGUCAUCGAGAAAGCUGCAGCGACCACUUCAAGUGCCUCGUGUUGGGCUUUCCCUCCCUCUGUGGCGCAGAGAGCCCGCCCAGCAUGGAGGUCAAGCCCGUGGACUCGGCCGCCCUGCUGGCUUUCAGCUUCUCCCCGCUUUACGACGGGAAUCCCGAGUAUCAGCAGCAGCUCCUGGAGUGCGUCCUGCGUGCCCUGGCCCGGCUUACGGCGGGAGACGCGCUGGUUCUGCCUCUCCUGUCGUGCCUGACGCGCUUCACGGCCGGCCUGGUGUUCGUCCUGCACUGCUGUUUCAGCGGCGUCGCCUUCGCGUGUCCCACCUCGCGGGAGCCCCUGGGGGCCGGCGCCGCUUUGCUCUGUGUUGGUUUCCGGGGCCUCCCCGCUCCAGUUGUCCGUUAUUUGCAGCAGCUGAACGCUCUGAUGGGCUCCUUACUCCACGCAGACUCCCCCCAGCAGGUCCUGCAGUUUGUGCCCAUGGAGGUUCUGCUCCAGGGCAAGCUGUUGGAGUUCCUGUGGGAUUUAAACACGGCCAUUGCAAAGAGACAGCUCCACCUGAUUGUGCAAGCUCAGCAGCAGCAAAUGGCUGGGAACAUCUCACUUUAAAGUCAUCCCAGGACUGGGCGAGUUGCUGCUGCUGCUAGACCUUGUUUCACAGGCAGGCAGAAGGUGCUAAAAACAUUGUUAAUGCGAAGGCAGCGGGACUGUAAAACCUUGGUGUGACAUUGGGAGUGCUGGGAGGAUGUUGGGAGCUAUCAGUCCCACUUGCACUGUAUUGUCCAUGUGGAAAGGAGGAGAAAGGAAAACCAGGCCUUGGUUUCUGGCCGCUGAGCUGGUGCUUUAGGAUGCAGAAUCACAGGGAGUCCUGGUGAAACAGGUGAAAGCAAGGGCUGACCAGGGAGCUGCAGCCUCAGAGCCUCCUGUUGCCAUCCCUAAAAACUGUCUUUUGACAUCCCUUUCAUUUACAGCUGGUUUAAUUCCUAAUGAGGAAGUGGGGAGAAGUCCUGUGUAACUUGCCUUACCGUUCUGGGGGGUAUGGAAUGAUGGUGUUUAUCAGUACUUGGCCCUGUUUCUCAUCUUUAAACAAGAGCCUCUGAAUUUCACCUCGUAGCCUUUGAGUAUCAGCCUCUUUUUUAGCACUUCAGUGAGUGAGGACUGAGAUUAUCAGGCUUUGGCAAGGGGAAAUUUUAAUGGUUUCUCCAUCUCUGUUGUGUGAAUGCCGUGCUGAUGUCCUUAGUGGCAGUUCUUUGUGCGUUCAGUCACUUGACAGGAGGAUCAAAUGGAGCUGUUUAUGCUCAGCCUCUGGCUCUUCAUCACCUGCUCUUCAGGCAAUAAUUUGAAUUGCCAUCAAUCCCUCUCUUGUGACUCCUUGUGGGUCCCAAGCUGAGCUCAAGUCUUAAGAAUGAAAUUUGCUGAAAGAAUUGCCCUGUGGCUGUAGACACUAACACAACAACUGGAACCUUUAGGAGACAUUUAAAGGCAGGAAACUUUUCCACCAGCCAGGAGAGGCUCGUGGGACGUGCACUUGGUGGGAUUUGCCAGACUUUCCUUGCUAAAAAAAUCUUUAAAACAAAGGCUUUGAGGUGUGACCACCUGAGCAAACAGUUCCUCAGUUGUGUUCAUGAACACAGAGAUGUUCAUGUUUGCACGUGGGGGAACCCUCAGGGUUCUACAGUCCUGAAACUUUUGGAUUGUAACUAAUCCACAUGUGCUUUUGGUUUGAAGGAUGCAUAUAUAUUUUUUUUUUAAGUAGAAGAAAGGAUAUUGAUUUACACGGAUGUUGUGUAUUUUCGUUCGGUCUGCAA